AUGACAACUGAAAUCCACUCCGACCUUCUUGCAAUUUUACUUGUCGCCGAUUCGUCAAAUGGUGCUAAUCUAGUAUUUAGGUGGCCUCCUAAACCUCACGUCCCCGUUCGACUCGCUCGUCCACGGCCUCCGGAUUAUCUUGAGCCUCAUCACUUAGUUGACGCUGCUUAUAUUGCUUCCCAUGCCUUGGAUGAAGAAAAGCUAAAGAAGGUGGUCGAGGAGCAUGGGUAUAUAGAUAAACCAUCCGAAUCACUUGACCCCAUGUAUCUCUGGCAACCCUACAAAACGGAGGAUUUGGACUGCUUGUCCUUAGAUUCUGGGCACGAGGGAAGCACCAAGAGUUUCCACGCUCCCGCUAAAGAGGAAACACCAAGCGGUUCUCAGGGGACUGCUCUUGACAUGUAUGAAGAUCUCAUUGGUUAUCAGGCGUCAUUCCUUGCCGAGUUACUUUCCCCGAAGCCUGCUCUAUGUCAUCAAAAAUUCGAGCUUAGCGUCGAUGAUAUUGCUUUCGUAGGACACCCCGUGCAUGCUAAGGAAGAUGGAGGCUGGUCGUUUCCGGAAAUUUACGAACGGAGUCCUGGAACCGAGAUCAUAUCAGGAAUGGAUCAGGAUGGUCCUCGCGGCCGUACUGAAGAUCGCCGUGGACCACCUGGCGGCCAAUCUCAAAAGGCGCGGUUCCAUUUCGCAGAUGACAGUGAGGACGGUGACAAUGAAGAGCAAGAGAGCGAUGCACGCACGCGGUUGAGGCCGAAGUCGGUGAAUUUGCCUUCUGGCCCACCCACCCCAAGUGCAUCACCAUCACCCUUUAGAACGGCACCCGGAAGCCGAAAACCCCUACCGUCUGCUUCUAAACAAAACCUUCUCUUGAAGUCUUUCCACUUGGUACUCGUGCUAGAUCGACCCGAUCCAUCCUCUGUUGCAUCUACGGACCUUGAUCGCUAUAUGGAUGCCUACUAUCAGCAAGUAUCAUUCAGGCUCACUGCUGUGAUGUUGUAUGAACAGGGUAGAAAUGGAUAUGUGGCUCAAGAGACAGAUAACCUCAUCAGGUUACGUGAAAACGUGUUCGUGAGUGUAUUGGUGCUUUCCGGCCUAGCUGGUGGUGAUUCACAGCUACCUCAGUCAUCCGAAUCUAGGCAAAGUCCCACCAAACAGUUUGAGUUCUUUUUCCAAAAGGCGUUGAAACAGUCCACCAUAGCUCUUGCCAUCAAAUCUGCGUAUGAAGCUGUCGUCUCCUCCUCGCUCGCACAGGUAAUGAUUAACACUAUACCUGUUAAUAUUCAACUCCCGCCUGGCCAUCUCAAUCUACUCAAAGUUGACCAGCCACAGCCAGAUGACAUCUACGUCACAGCGGGUAUCCCCAGUGAAGAAGACUGGUGGAAUAUCAACAAUGGUGGCGAGGAGGAGGAGGAGGAAGGCACUGAGGCUAGACUUGAGGACGAAUUACGCUUCGGAUGGAAGAUACCUCCACUUAAGCCUUGGAAGUCUUUCUUGUUGCUUGAUGACGCAAAUAAUCCAUCCGGAGAGAGCGGAAUGGAUGCGUUGAUCGGAGACAGGCCCAGGGACCAUAACGGAAAGGACCCGCUAAGCCGGCUCUUGAAAGUGGCGAGCCCAACACUCUCCCUCCAUGAAAUGUCUGAUAUAUGCGAUCUCAAACUUGAGACGGAGAUGUAUUCGCUUGUACGGCUUCUGGUGUACAAUCGAAAAGCCAGGGUCUGCGAUGUUGUUCGCAAGACCCUUACGAACAUUUAUGUUCCUGCCUCCGUCCUUCCCCGACCGCUUUCGGACUUGAGCGCGCUCUUCUCCCAACUAUUCCCCACCUUGAGCCCGUUACCUUCUCUUCUGAGUGCCAUAUCCGCAACACAUAGACCGUUCAAUGCUCUCCUCCCAGUUCCUCAUAACACUGCAAAUCGAAAACUUUUCCUCCGGGCCCUCAUUUGGAUGCUCGCUAACGAUGUAGUCGUCAUGCUUCACGUUCGAGUCCGAAUCGUCGUUACGACAGAGAUCAAGGUCAUAGCCUUGAAGGUUCAGCGUGAAGAACGUGAUGCACGAGUCAAGAGAAAGGAAAUGCUCGAUCAGCGACGCCGAUCCAGAUCCAUCCGACGUGCCAGCGAUUCAAAAAACGGUUACAGCAACGGACCGGACCGAUCUGCUUCUCCACGGAUUCCGAUAUUUUCCCAGGGAAACAAGAGCAUUGAAAGAUUGGAUGAAAAAGUCGGCUGGGCCGAUCCCGUUAUUCCAACGACCCCCUCUCGAGAUUCCCUCCAAGCAUCUGGGAGACGCGUCACACCACCUCCGUUAAAAACCAUCAGAGUAAUCACCCCAACCCACUCCAAAUCGCGUUCUCGGGGGAGCCGUGAACCUUCUCGUCGUUCAAGACAAGGCUCCUACUCCCGCCAUACCAGUUCCACAGCUGCUUUGUUUCACCAGAUUAGCGAAAACGGACAUGACGGGGAGGAGAUCGAAUUUGAUGAAGGGUCUGACCUGGGCGAAGAGCUUCCUUCAGAAGAGGAUGAAAUGGUCGAAAAAUAUGGUCAACCACCUAAAACGCGAAUUAUUACAGAUAGCACGGAGGUUGAGACGUCUGAACUUGAAGAAGAGGAAGAUACAGACCUUUCACCUUCAUUCUUAGUGGACCCGGAGCGAGCGACGAGGGCGCAAAGACGAUGGUUGGACGCGAUGUGUAUUGGGAAAGACGAGUAUCUUGUGCGUUGGUUUAAAAAAGUCUCGCCUUACUUUGAUGGAAAGAAGACAACAGACGAGAUCCUCCACCGGACUGAAAUUAGUCGAAAGCAGCUGCGCGAAGUGUUGCAUCAUUUUGAGGAAUAUUUGAUGCUCAUGCUUCAUCCUUGA